AUGGCUCCGAAGUCAUCCAAGCGGAAGCACAUCGACCAUGACGAAGUCGCGUCAGGAACGGUCGCAUCGACGCGAUCAUCCGCCCAUGAACGCGUAAAGAAGCGCAAGAAGCAGGAUGCUACCCGAAAAAAUGAAUCCAUACAGUCUAAAUCGAUCGUCUCAGCCAAAGAAUCAAACAAAUCAAGCGCCCCAGAACCCACCUUCCGACGACCGUUCUCUCCUCCCACCGUUGCGCAUAAGAAGACUACAAAUUCCUACUUAACCCAAAAGACCCGCUACAUCCCACAGUCCACCCUCACGUCGAAAUGGGCACCACUCACCACUCCUGCACAAAACGCAGUAAAGACGCUCCUCGCGUCGUCGGCACGGACGGUGAUCCAAUCACAACCACAGAACCGGCAAAAGGAGGCCGACGAUGUGCUUCGAGGCGUGUUGAAGAAGCUCGAGCGACAAAUUCCACGAAUACCGUUUCCGAAAGGGCGCGCCGGGAACAAAGGGGAGGCAUUCGUAAGAGAGAUGCUGGACAAGCGGAGAGCGGAUCUGGAAGCCCAGCUGACGAGUGUGGAACAUGCGAUGCUGUUGGUGGAGGAGGAGAUAGGGAGGGAAGAAGAGACGUUGGAGGUCGAGAGGGAGGCGUUGGCGAGUUUGGAGAAGAAUGAGAAGGCGGAGAUACGGACGUGGAAGGCGGAGGAGCGGAGGAUUCCUCUUGAUCUUCGAACUUUCUUGGAACCGAGCAGCAUGGUGCCGGAGAUGCUUGGCGACAAACCACUUCCGCCUGCGAAAAUUGUGCGCGGGCGCGAUUACUGCGCACUCGACACAUAUGUUGCGAAGGAGAAUAAUGAUCCGAACUUGGCUCCGAUUCUGCAGCAACUGCAAAGCCAUUUGGAUAGCCUGCAUGCGAACAGCGAACAGGUCCAAGACAUCUCCAACACCAUCGACCGCGCACAGGCAUCGCUGGAGGAAGUCAUGUAUCAGACGAAAGGCGAAGACGCUCUAUUGGGCUGGAUUGGUUCGAUAGGGACGACCAAGAAGUCGCACAAAGGACUAGGAUUUGUCCCAGGACUUUCUAGUAUUGCAUUGGGAUAUCAAUAUAUCGGCGCAACCGAAGCACUGCAUUUGGGUGGCUGCAUGGCGUGUGGGGUGUGGUCCUAG